AGGACUUCCGGGCGGAGACAACUUUUUUUUUCGGAGAAAAAGGCGCUAAGCGGCGGCUGAGUCAGCAGGGUAGCUGAGAGCUCCCGUCCCCCAGUCCAGGCGUCAAGCUCGCCGCGCGGUCAUCAACCAUCAACCACCCACCUUAUCAUUUCCUUCCUUCACCUUCACUCGCCUUAGCCCUUCUCUUUAUUUGUUGGAACCGUGUUUUGUAUUGCUGCAAAUAUGGAGAUUCUCUUGGGCAUCACUGGUAAGGACUUCGUCAUUGUGGCCGCAUCCAAGGCCAUAAUGCGAGGCCCUACGAUCAUCAAAGCCGAGGACGACAAGACGCGGCAGCUCAACAAGAACACAUUGAUGGCGUUCAGCGGAGAAGCUGGUGACACCGUGCAAUUCGCCGAGUUCAUCCAAGCCAAUACUCAGCUGUAUUCGAUGCGCAACGAUACGGAGCUCAGCCCUGCCGCCGUUGCCAACUUUGUCCGAGGAGAGCUGGCCCGCAGCUUGCGAUCACGAAGCCCCUACACAGUCAACUUGCUCCUUGGAGGCAUAGAUCCAACCACAGAGAAACCUCAUCUAUACUGGAUUGACUAUCUGGCUUCCCUCGCUUCCGUACCAUACGCUGCUCACGGAUAUGCCCAAUACUACUGCCUUUCGCUUUUGGACAAACACCAUAACCCCAACAUCGAUCUGGAGCAAGGCAUGAAGCUUCUCGGAAUGUGCACAGAUGAGCUCAAGCGGCGGUUGCCGAUCGAUUACAAGGGCGUUCUCGUAAAGGUUAUCACUAAAGAUGGGGUGAAAGAAGUUGACUACGACAACGACAAGAUCGUUCGGAGUGCUUAAUGGACGACAUGCUUAGGUGUUUGUUGUAUCAUAUCCUAUGACGUUUUACCCUUGAUGACAGGAUAACUUGCAAUUUGUCGGCGUAUUCAAGCCGUAGGCAUGGGAACGUCCACCUGGAAUCUGGGCUCCAUAAUUUUAAAAACCCCUUAAUAAUAAUCUUUGUAAACUCCAGCUUGAGAGCAUCAGCAGAUAGCGCAAUAGU